UCACUAGAAGUUUGAGUAUCACUACUCCUGAACAGAUGAUUGAAAAAGCCAAAGGGGAAACUGCCUAUCUGCCAUGCAAAUUUACGCUUAGUCCCGAAGACCAGGGACCGCUGGACAUCGAGUGGCUGAUAUCACCAGCUGAUAAUCAGAAGGUGGAUCAAGUGAUUAUUUUAUAUUCUGGAGACAAAAUUUAUGAUGACUACUAUCCAGAUCUGAAAGGACGAGUACAUUUUACGAGUAAUGAUCUCAAAUCUGGUGAUGCAUCCAUAAAUGUAACGAAUUUACAGCUGUCAGAUAUUGGCACGUAUCAGUGCAAAGUGAAAAAAGCUCCUGGUGUUGCAAAUAAGAAGAUUCAGCUGGUAGUUCUUGUGAAGCCUUCAGGUACAAGAUGUUACGUUGAUGGAUCAGAAGAAAUUGGAAGUGACUUUAAGCUAAAAUGUGAACCAAAAGAAGGUUCACUUCCAUUACAGUAUGAGUGGCAAAAAUUGUCUGACUCACAGAAAAUGCCCACUUCAUGGUUAGCAGAAAUGAUGUUAUCUGUUAUAUCUGUAAAAAAUGCCUCUUCUGAGUACUCUGGGACAUACAGCUGUACAGUCAGAAACAGAGUGGGCUCCGAUCAGUGCCUGUUGCGCCUAAACGUAGUCCCUCCUUCAAAUAAAGCUGGACUAAUUGCAGGAGCCAUUAUAGGAACUUUGCUUGCUCUGGUGCUCAUUGGUCUUAUCAUCUUUUGCUGUCAUAAAAAGCGCAGAGAAGAAAAAUAUGAAAAGGAAGUUCAUCACGAUAUCAGGGAAGAUGUGCCGCCUCCAAAGAGCCGUACGUCCACUGCCAGAAGCUACAUAGGCAGUAAUCAUUCAUCCCUGGGAUCCAUGUCUCCUUCCAACAUGGAAGGAUAUUCCAAGACUCAGUAUAACCAAGUACCAAGUGAAGACUUUGAACGCACGCCUCAGAGUCCGACUCUCCCACCUGCUAAGGUAGCUGCCCCUAAUCUAAGUCGAAUGGGCGCGAUUCCUGUGAUGAUUCCAGCACAGAGCAAGGAUGGGUCUAUAGUAUAGAGCCUCCAUAUGUCUUGUCUGUGCUUUCCAUGUUCCUUUCCUUUUUUUGAUAUGUGAAAACCUAUUCUGGCCUAAAUUUUGUUCCUAGCCUCAAAAUAUAUCAAAAAAUAAUCAGGAACUGUAAGGAAUAUAUUUUUUAAAAUUUUUGUUUGGUUAUAUUGAAAUAGUUACAGGUAUUAAAGUUAGUAAAGACAAGUUUACCAUCUGAAAAAGCUGGAUUUUCUUUAAGAGGUUGAUUAUAAAGGUUUCUAAAUUUAUCAGUACCUAAGUAAGAUGUAGCACUUUGAAUAUGAAAUCAUAGGUGAAGAAAUUGGUGAACUUGCUUGCAUACCAAGUUGAUACUUGAAUAACCAUCUGAAAGUGGUACUUGAUAAUUUUUACCAUUAUUUUUAGGAUGUGUAUCUCAUUUAUUUAUGGCCCACCAGUUUCCCCCAAAUUAGUGCAGAAGCAUCCAUGACAAAAUUACUUAUGUAUGUUUGUACUUGUUUUUAUAGCUCCUUGGAAAACUCUUGCGUUUGGAAUAUCUCUAAAAACAUAGAAAACACUACAGUGGUUUAGAAAUUACUAAUUUUACUUCUAAGUCAUUCAUAAACCUUGUCUGUGAAAUGACUUCUUAAAUAUUUAGUUGAUAGACUGCUACAGGUAAUAGGGACUUAGCAAACUUUUAUAUGCUAAAGGAGCAUCUAUCAGAUUAAGUUAGAACAUUUGCUGUCAGCCACAUAUUGAGAUGACACUAGGUGCAAUGGCAGGGAUAGAUUUUGUUGGUGAAUAGUCUCAUGCCUUGAGAUCUGUGGUGGUCUUCAAAAUGGCGGCCAACCAGAUCAAGGAUGUAGUAUUUCAUAGUUCCCAACUAAAUACUGGCUUUCCACUUUAGGUGAUAUUUUUAUUAGAAAAAUAUUAUAACUCAUUUAUUGUUUGACAAUUAUAGAUUGAAAUUUCCUAAUUUAUUCUAAAUUUUAAGUGGUUCUUCGGUUUCAGUGCUUUAUGUUGUUUGCUGUUUUUGGAUGGUGUUACAUAUUAUAUGUUCUAGAAACACGUAAUCCUAAAUUUACCCUCUUGAAUAUAAUCCCUGGAUGAUAUUUUUAUCAUAAAUGCAGAAUAAUCAAAUACAUUUUAAGCAAGUAAGUGUCCUCCAUCAAUUCUGUAUUCCAGACUUGGGAGGAUGUACAGUUGCUGUUGUGUGACCAAACAUGUCUUUGUGUAGUUCUGGCAAAUCAAGCUGAGCUUCAAAAAUGUUUGAGUCGUAGUUUUGUGAAAGUGAUUUAUUCUUAAAAAAAAAAGAAAAAAGAAAAAGAAAAAAAGAUAAGAAAAAGGAGUUAAGGGACUACUCCUCCUUGCCAAAUGUGCUAAAUAUCAUUGUAGGAGAAGAAAGUGGAUUUAUUGUAUUUCCCUUAAGAUUGUGAGGGAGUGUGGAUAUAGUAGAAUGAGCCAACAGUCUCUUUAUAAUAAAUACGGUCUGCAAUAAAUUCUUUCACUAGCUCUAAAACCUUUCCCUAGAUUUUAGUAGGGAGUUGGUUUCUGUUAAUAUCUUUGGGUGCUGUGGUGGUAAAUGCUACAUUAUAAACGGUGGCAUGUAUUUACGGUUAGAGUAUUGUGUGUACACUUUUUAAUGGUAAACUUAAGCUGAAUGUGUAAUGGAUUUGUGUAUAGUUUUACAUAUUUGGAAGCAUUUUAAAAGUAGGUUUUAACCUUACAUAAAAUUACUUUUAUACUUGUGUUAACAUUUUCAUCUGUGCCUUUUGGGUAAUUUAAUUUCUAUUAUGAAUUUCUGGUGCCUAUGAGCUAGCUAUCACCUACCUGAAAGGUGCUUAGAGGUGAAGGUACUGUUUCUAAAAACACAUCACUGUGACACCUUUCUAUCCUCACAUUUCCAAGCUUGCCUCUUUUCUGUUCUUUGUGCAUAUCACUUAAGCGAUUGUGUUAUUCAUAAAGAUUUAGAAAUUUCAAUAUUCCCAACACUCUGACUAUGUUUCUGGUUUUAUAACAGUAGCCAUUUUUGAAUGUCAGAUGUUCGGCCUGUUUUAUAUGAAUAAAGUUUAUUUAUAAAGUAUUAUAAAAAGUAAAUAAACAGAACAUUAAUAA